AUGCCUGAUUGCGAUACAUGUACGGGAAGCAUCUCUUCUAGAUCCCCGGGAUUGAAAUGCAGUGGUUGCGGGAAAUUUUUUCAUGCCAAAUGCGUGAACCUUUCUAAAGGUGACGUUCCUCGCUUUCAAAUGCCUGGGGUUUCUUGGAACUGCGGUGGAUGCAGGAGCGGGGGAGAUGUGCAUAAGCGGCGAUCGCUCGCCUUUCCUGUGCAUAAUGUUGUGGAGGCCUCCCCAGACUCGCUCAGCGUGCUGCAGAAUAUUCAAUCAGAAAUGAAGUCCCUUGUUGCUAAAUAUGAAACUCUUCUUGAAUCCGUCAACUUCUGUAGUGACUCCGUCUCUUCGUUUGAGCGCAGCAUGUCUGCGAUUGAUCGAAUGAUGGUCGAUAUGGAGCGGAUAACCAGAGAAAAUAUGCAGCUGAAAUCUACCGUGAAGGAUUUACAGGAGCGCAUGGAGGUAUUGGAGCAACAGAGUAGAGUCAACAACUUGGAGAUCUGUGGUGUUCCCGAGAAGGCCAAUGAGAACGUUUCUCAUAUCAUUUCUAGGGUUGCAGAGGUUAUUGGUUGUCCCAUUAACUCAUCCGAUGUGGAUAGUUUUUACAGAGUCCCAACAUUUGACAUUUCUAGACCAAAGCCUAUCGUGGUUAAGUUCACAUCGAAACAGAAGCGGGAUGAUUUUCUCGGAGCAUCUAAGACCAAACGUCGUCAGUCACUGCAACCUAACAAGGGCUUGAAGAUUGAGAAUAUCUCUGAUAAUUUAUAUAUUAAUGAACACUUGACUCCAAAAAACAAGAAACUUCUGAAAAAGACCAAAGAGGUCACACGCAGCAAAAACUAUAAGUUUGCUUGGACACGCAAUGGUUUCAUCUUCGUUAGAAAGGAUGAUAGGUCGAGGGUCGUUAGGGUCUCUAGUGAAGAGGAUCUAUCUAAGAUCGUAUAA